CGGCGUCUCUUGUGUCGGAGCUGACGGCUGCGCCAUGAGCUGGGCGGCCGCCUUUCUGCUUUGCCUCGUCGCUGGCCAGUCGCUGUCGGCGCCGGCGGGUCCGCUGUACGGCCUGAUACAGCGGCUGGUCCGCAACAACCUGGCGGGGGCGCCCGAGAACUUCCGCACGCAGCAGUGGGACUUCGACCCCGAGGUCUCCGACCGGCGCAGGACCGAGUUCGAGGCCCGCCACGGCAGGAUGGGCGAGCGGCUCGUGCAGCGGUUCGGCCUCGGCGAAGACGGCUUUCCAGAGCUCCGCCUGCAGCAGCAGCUGGCGAGGGACGCAGCGCUGGUCGCCCCCGCCACCCCCGCCGCCUCCACCGCCCCCGCGGCGCCACUUCAUGACAACUCGGUGUACGGCUGACGUCAGAGUGCCGUGCAGCAGCCGUCCCCGGUGCCACCGCCUCCGACAUACUCCGCUGUCAGCAGCAGCCACAUCACCAGGCGGUCGUGGCGCCUUGUAAAGCGGUGGUGCAAGUGAAACUGUGACGUUCCGUAACUCCUCAUCUCCUGCACGGGCCACAUUACUAAUAUUACAAAGGAAACCAGAUUUCCAGCCAUAUGGCCAUGUCGUGCUUUCCACUAUUAAAAAAGUGUUAUAAAAUUCCGCAUUUCUCACUUCAUACCACAGCAUUGAUCCUCGCCAUCACACUGUCUUCUUACAACAUUUUAUAUCCUGGAACCUCGACCACGCAAUCCGCUGUCCCACCUGUUAAACCCGAACAUUACAUCCAUACCUUAAAAUCUUAACACUCUCAUUCCUUGCACAUCCUUUUCUAUACCAUCUUCACCGCCCUCCCACCUACCAACAGUAUCACCAGCCGAGAAUGAAUCUUGUAGAAAAUUUCUCCCACUCCAUUAGGCCGUCUGGUACAGUAGCCGUAUGUAGAAUAUUUGAAUAAAAAUAGUGUUGAUUGCAACUUAAUAUUUUAUUAAUAACAUGUUUCGCCUUCGUGGGACACCUUCAGAUUAUCAAUGAAAAUAGCAAAAUAAGAUAAAAAUUAGGGUACUGUCCUACCUUGCGCGAUUCUAUAUGUGAAUAAGAAGUUGUCACUGACCUUAAAAUUUUCCUUUUGCAACAUUUUAACCUGUACGAGACUGAAGCACGUGUGGAAAAGGAUGAACCCGCAGAGACCCAGUCAAAAACAACUAAAAUAAUAUAGUGUAUCUGCGGGACAGAAUGCUAAAUAAGUAAUCAGACAGACCGAGACAACAUAUCUUAGUAAAGUCGAUACAGAAUGGUACAGAGGUUGGACCACACUCACAAAGAAUAGUACACAUUUAAAUAUGAUGCAGAGUGCUGCCGCCGUACUUAACGGCAGGAGCGUCAAGCGCACACAAAGACGAGCAAUGAAAUGAGGCUUGCGUAGCAUGUCUGUGGAGGAAGUGGCGCUCAAAAUACUUAUGUGGCAGACGCGAUAUUUAAUGCUUACAAAACAGAUCUGAAAAUGGUUGAUUCACUAUAAUGAAGUUAAGCGGUUACAAUUACUCAGAACACGGUUGCCCAUUAAAAAAAAUU